AUGGAGAAGGAGAACUCGAAAACAAGCGAAAAGCUAUCUGCGUUUUUAGGAUCUGGAAUUUACCGAUUCGAGGAUUCAAAUGUUGUUUUCAUAGACCCGGUGCGAAUGUUAAACAGGUCCUAUACCCGCUUCAGGGCUUCACCAUCUGCCUAUUAUUCUCGUUUCUUCGAUUCGAGAGAAACUAUUGUUAGUUCAAAUUCAAAGAAACGAAAGCGAAAAGAUAAGAAGAUACCUCACGAUUUAAACGAAAGAGAAAAAGCUGCUAAUCUGCGCCACCAGAAAGCGAGGCCUAUGUUGUUGAAGGCCCAUGAAUUGUUAAUGGAAGCUACCGAUCUCUUAGCGAUUAUGAAGGAUUUAAGGAGUGGCAGUAAUACUUGUUCUUCAACAGAAUGUAGUGAACAAAACUCUUUUAUUGAGCUUGGAAAGGUUUGGCAAACUCCUCUCUAUGAAAUCAUUCUUAAAGUUUGGAAGGGCUUCGAAAGAGUGUUUCCUGUUUUCAACAAUUUGGUUGUUAAUGAGACAAGCGAUGAUAUAGAGGCAGCUUUUCUAAACAAGAAAUAUAUAUUGCCUAGAGAGAGUUGCUUCUACAUGAUUCACAGCCUUGUUCAAGAAUGCGAUGUCGGCUUCAAUCUUAUAGUGAUUGACCCACCAUGGGAAAAUGGAAGUGCUCGUCAAAAAGUCAGGUACCCAACUUUGCCAAACCGGUAUUUCUUAUCCCUUCCUAUUAAGCAACUUGCUCAUCCAGGUGGAGCACUUGUAGCCUUGUGGAUGACCAACAGAGAGAAAUUGCAUAAUUUUGUUCAGAAAGAGCUAUUUCCAUCAUGGGGAGUCAGUCAUGAAGCUACUUAUUACUGGCUGAAGGUGAAAGCAGAUGGCUCCCUGAUUAGCGAUUUAGAUCUCUUUCAUCACAGGCCUUAUGAAUGCCUUCUACUGGGCUACUGUCACGGAGAGGGCACAAAUUCUAAACGGCCGUCAAGCCUGAGACCUUUAAAACAUGAUCAAAUCAUCAUAAGCAUCCCAGGGGAGUACUCGAGGAAGCCUCCAAUUGGAGAGUUGCUGCUGGAGCAUGUUCCAGACUUUAAACCUGCUCGAUGUAUUGAGCUAUUUGCUAGAGAGAUGACAGCUGGAUGGACUUCUUGGGGGAAUGAACCUUUACAUUUUCAAGAGUCAACGUGUUUUAUUACAUUUGCAUGUAGCUGCUGUGUAGGGAAAAUGAUUAGAUUAUUUAAGGUAAAGGAAAACCAGAGGGAAGCUCAGAGUGCAGACGGGAAGCCUCGGCUAACGAAGCAAAGUGCAGGGGAAUUACGUCUUCAAAAAGAUAUAACUGAGCUGAACCUAACGAAAUCAUGUUGCAUAUCCUUCCCCAAUGGCAAGGAUGACCUGAUGAACUUUGAGGUCACCAUUAAGCCCGACGAAGUAUAUUGCAAGUAG